AUGGCCGACCCGUUAUCAAUCGCCAGCGGCGUCGCUGGCCUUGUAUCUCUUGGGUUGACUCUCUGCAGCGGUCUUAAUAAUUAUUUCAAUGCCGUCAAAGGUCGACACCAAGACAUCGAGAUUGCCAGCCAAAGUGUUACUCUUUUGGAGUCAAACCUUUUCAUCAUUCAGUCGAGCACAUUGAAGCUUGGCCAUCGCCACGCUUUGUCCGCGGACGGAGUAAAUCGAGGCAUGGCCAAUUGCAAAUCUCAACUUGUGGCCCUGCAGCAAAUGAUAUCGGACCUCACCAGGGAUGAGAGCUUGUCAGAUCUUAAAGGAAAACUGAGAAAUCAAAUGACGAUAGCUCGUUAUCCAUUUAAUCAGAAGAAGCUAAUCCAACUCCAGAACCAGCUUUCCAGUGCCAAUGCCACCUUGGGUAAUCUCGUCCAAAACCUCAACCUUGAUAUCAACACCGGCAUCAGCGAAGAUUUGCUAGUUUUGAGGAAUUACACCAAAACCAGCGAUAACAUGACGCACAACAUGAUAGGCACCAUUGCCAAGCGACUCGACGCCAUCGGUCCGGCUGUUCAACGUGCUGAAAUGGAAGUGGCAGCAAUAUCUCGUCAUAUGCAAUCCAACUCCCUUGUCACUAGCAUCUGUAAUCCCGGCGACUUUGCCAAGCCUCGGUAUCUACAAAACUCGCAUAAGGAGGAAAGCAUAGUGAAAAGACUGAAUGAUCCGGAAUGCACUUGUUCUGAUCCUUCCACCACUUCCAUUCGUCGACAGUCAUCUUAUGUUGAUCCAUCAUGGUGGGGUUUAGCCAUUUCGAAACAUGAGCAUUUACAACGGCGCCAUCGCCCUGGUUGCGUUCUCUCCAGUCAAUCGCUUCGGACGUCAAAAACUACAUUUACCUAUUUCGGGCUUCGACACUGGCUUGCCCGAAGUUUGUCUACAUCACUGAAACGAGAUUAUCCUGCCGGGGCAUAUAGCCUUUCCUUUGGAAUACAGUCUUGUAAUGUUGUGAAAUCAAGCCCGGUUUUUCAAGUCUUUCGUAACCUUGCAGGAAAUCGUCUUCCCUCACCCCUGUUCAAUGAGCAUAUUGAUAUACGGGAACAGAUAUCUUUUGUGAUCCAGAAGCUAAGAACCAUUUACAGCUCAGGUGCUGCGUCGCCGUUUGACGUAGAUGUAUAUGGAAAUAGCAUCGCCCAUUGGUCCUUGUAUUUCUAUCUUAACCACUUAUCAGACUGGAAGGUAGAAGAGGGAACAAGUUUCAAGAUCAACUUUGAAGCAAUUUGCUCUCUUUUGUUUUACCUGUUUGACAUUGGGGUCUCCAUCUCUGCCCCCAACUUUUAUCAGCACACAAUCUUACAUUAUCUUUAUGAACCGCGUUAUAUCAGAGCUCUUCCUUAUUUCUAUAACUUCAUUGAAAAACUCGAUAAGUCCUUUUGUAGCGAAGGCUUUACCAACAAGGAAACAAAGUACCUUAUGUGUAAGGCGGAACAUGAGUUUGAGUACUUGCAAGCCUGGGAGGACUACCCCGAUAUCGCAGAAGCCUUUGGAUUUAACGACGUCUUCGUGACAGUUUUGCAGCGGGACCGGCAAAAGCUCGCAGCUAUUACAAUGGACGACCAACUCCCUCCUGGCAUCUUUGAGACAGAUAUUUACGGACGAAACAUAUUGCAUGUGAGCAUCACCUGGCCGGAGGGGCUUGCUUUGCUUCUGCAUCAUCAAGCUGUGUCUCGAUUGUGCGACGAUGCAUCAACAACUAUCAGCCCCCUACAAGUUGCUAUGAGGCUAAGCGGGCGCAAUUGUACCGAGAAAUACCGGUGGGAGAUGUGCCAUAACUGCCAUUGCUCUGAUUCAGUUCAACUGAUGGUAGAGGCCGACUGCUGCAUACCAGUCCAUUUGCUGGCAGUAGAAUAUUUGUCAUUAUGUUCAUACAAAUGCCGAAGGCUAUUAUUCCAACAUUCUCAGAACCGGCGGCAGCGGCUACGAGAUCUUUCUCUCGCCAUCCUCCCUUCUCAAGUCAUAGAUAGGUAUGGAAUCACGGUUGAAUGCGUCCCUGACGCUACUGCAACCUACCUGUGGGGGGAACUACAGUCAAACUAUGAUGAAGUGAGAAUGCGAAGGAUUGAAGUUAGCUGGGCCCUCAAACCCUUCUAUCUGAACCACUACUCUGGGGGUCUGUUCGAAAACUCACUAUGUCCAGAACUCUGUUCACUGGCCGUUGAGUUCGGCAUGAGGCCUUCAGAUGAGAGUGGUAUCGGACCUCUCCUUGCACGCAUUAGAGUUCUUGCAUAUAAUGACUGGAGAACUAGAUUCGAUUAUUAUGACGUUACUUAUCUGAGUUGGCUGAUGAAGCACGAUCUCAAGCUGGAAUACAUCAUUGACGGUUUCCAGACAUCGGCAUUACAUGAUAUCGGAGCAAGAAUUGGUGGAUUUCUACUUCCUUCCCCACUCGGUUACUUCUAUGAGGACCUCAGCCCGGAUUACCUUUGGCAGGGGGAAGGAAUCAUGCUGAUAACCAAAAUAUGCAACAGUAAGAUCGAGUCCAACUUACCAUGUCCCUGCGGAUCAAGUGGCUUCAACCGACCGUUGGGGUCUUUGUUGUCUGGAUUUGUGGCUAAUGAGCAUUGGGAUGGUCCUUGGGAGGUCGACAUAACUAGAAAGGUUUUCCUUCUUGUCGCUCUGAUAGAAGACAAAAUAGCCAGCAUUGACACAUCCCAUCUAGCCAAGUGUGCUACUCACGCAAUUACAAUGGAACUCCUAGGAAUCAGGCAUGUUGGGCCUUGUGCAAGGAAUAGGGAGAAUCAGGAAAUGGGAGAAUCAGACGUCAGUGACUGGGCAGAAGUAUUGGACGAGGACAGGCUCUUACUCCAAAGACUCCAUGAUCUCGACGAAGAAUUUGAAAGAGAGUUUGAAAGUCGAAAUGAGUCUGUGGUAGACUUUAUAGCAGGAUAUUAUUAUCAGAGGAUGCUGGAAGUGGAUGAAGAACUGGAUGCGUCUCUCGCGGAUGAUCAUAGGCAAGGACUACUUGCUGCUGGGGUGGUAUUGUCAGAAUGA